GAACGACACGCGCGUCUUAUCUUAGACAUCUAAACUCAACCAAUACGAGGCGACUCUUCUUGUCCGAAAGACUCGUCUCACCAACACCCAAUUGUGAAAGCUUUUGGACAUUAUAAGGUCUCAUUCAACUAAAACGUUUUUAACACACUUACGUCUUCGAGACUCCAUUGACGUUAAACAAAUCUAAUCCAUCUCUUUUAUCAAUUCUUAAACCACGGACCACCCAACACCUUACCUACCACUCUUUCUCUCUCUCUCGUUGAAACAGAGCACUCAGAAAUGGAUUCUGAAUCGUCCAAGACCAAAACUGUAGACCCUGCGCUUCACAUGUUCGGUUUCGAGUUCGAUGAGUUAUCUCCCACACGUAUCACUGGUCGUCUUCCCGUUUCUCCAAACUGUUGCCAGGCCUUCAAGGUGUUACACGGUGGUGUAUCUGCUUUGAUCGCGGAGUCUUUAGCAAGUAUGGGAGCUCACAUGGCUUCUGGUUUCAAAAGGGUAGCUGGGAUUCAACUCUCAAUCAACCAUUUAAAGAGUGCUGAUCUUGGUGACCUUGUCUUCGCCGAAGCAUCUCCUGUAACCAAAGGCAAGACUAUUCAGGUUUGGGAAGUCAAGCUAUGGAAAACAACAGAGAAAGAUAAACUUAACAAAAUCUUGAUAUCUUCCUCUAGAGUCACACUUAUCUGUAACCUUCCUAUCCCUGAUAACGCCAAAGAUGCUGCAGACGCGCUUAGAAUGGUUGCAAAGUUGUAGAGUUUCUUCAGCCUUUUUUUUUUUUAGGUCUCCAAUGUGAUUGUGUAAUCUUUACUAAUGGCUUCGUUUUUUUUACUUGUAUCUAUGAUGUAUCAUUCAUCUUCUGAAAAUUUGAUGAUAAAGCUUUAAAGUGGUAAAGACAGUGAUACCAAAAACGUCUA